AUGAAGCUGUACCAAGUUACCGCCGUCCUGGCCUUCAUCGCCACUGGUGUCAUUGCGACUCCUUCCGGCUACGACAAGGACAACAAGUCCCCUGAGAAGCACGGUGAUGGCAACUAUCCCGGCAAGAAGGGAGAUGACGAAUAUGGUCCUGGAGGCAAAGGAUACGACGGCAAGGGCCGUGAGGAUAAGGGCAAGAAGUACGAAUGGGACAUUGAACGCUGUGACUGGUGCCCCUACAACCCCAAGAGCUGGUAUGGAUACGAACCCAAAGGCCGUGGUUACAAGCGCCCCUGCCCCGAAGACAAGAAGAAGUGCCAGAAGUACGCCUAUGACUACUCAAAGGCCACCUACUCGGGAGUCUUCAGCGAGUUCCAGAAGUGCUCCAAGGGUGACAACUACAAGGUCACCGGCAAGAUUGGCGCUUGCAGCGGAUACGGCAAGGUCCAGUGCCUGAUUGUUCAGUACGAGGACUGGGAGAAGUGGUCUGACAAGAUCGCCUACCUCGGACUCUACUCUUACAAGGAGGGCCCCAAGGACAAGAAGUACCUCAACUUCAACAAGUACUGCAAGAAGAACAAGUGUGUUGUUCCUAUCGAGAAGGUCCCUGGCUACCCCAAGUUCAAGGACAAUGUCUGGGUUGGAAUCGACGAUGACCAGUGCCGUGAGGACUACAAGAAGGGCGACAAGGAGAACGACUACGAGUACAAGAAGGGCGGCAAGGGUGAUGACUACGAUGAUGGCGAGGUCGAGGAGUACAAGAAGGGUGGAAAGGGCUCCUCUGGUGGCCGAUACGAAGAGGUCAAGUAUCUCGAGCUCGACAUUGAGACCAAGUACUCCAAGAAGUGCGCCGAGUUCUGCUGCUGCGCUUAG